AAGACGUUUCCUACCUGGUGCCGAAGCUGCAGGAGAGGCUACAGACACGCUGCAGCUGACACAAGUGAACGCUGGAGACCUAACGGAACCACUGACCCAACAAGAAACAUGUGGAGGCUGAACAAAGUUCGCCACAAAUCUGGACGGCAAGGCGACAGCUUGGAGGAGCUGCGACUAAAACGGAGGGAGCACGAACGAGAUAAAUGAAGUCAUGCGGUGUGUGUUACUGCAGCUCUGAGACAGGCCCGCAGAGACAGACAGCUGGUGAGCAGGAGACUGCUGCUGACUGAGGAUGAGGACCAGGCAGAGGUCACCAUGGACACCGCCUCAGAGGGACAGGGAGUCGUUGACGUGUUCCACAAAAUCCACCACAGCGGACCGGACAGAGAGGCCCACAUGAAAGUUCUGAGUAAAGCUCUCCGGGACCCCUCGGCGCAGCUCACCUUCAUUAAAUUGGAGAACAGCAUGCACCUGCUGGUCGGCCUCCUCACGGGCUCUGACGCCCGCUGCCGUCUGCAGGCAGCUCGGUGUCUUCACGAGCUGUCUCGCUCUCCCCACAGGGACGUGGCCCCAGCCUGUCUCCCCGCCACGUCCUACCUGCUCACCUACCUGUCUGGCCAGAGCACCAGGUUCACAGAACUGUGUCUCUACACGCUGGGCAACCUGUGCCCAGACAGUGAGGUGGUACAACAGAAACUCCUGGCCCAGGGAAUCAUACCAGCUUUGGCCAGUUGUAUGGAGAUCCAGAGACAUAAUCCAGCGGUGGUGGAAGCAGUGGGAUUCACACUCUCUCAGCUUCUCCAGACAAAUGAUGCAGCAGUGAAAGUAAUCCCGACGGUGCUGGCCUCCAGCUUACCUGCACAACUGUUAUCAGUCCUGGCCCCUGAUCCAAACUUUGCCCUGGCGCCUGCCAUUGAGAGCGCGUGGUGUCUGCACUACCUCACAAGCAGCUCUCGGGAUAAUAAAGAACUUCUGUCUCGUGGGGCCCUGUUGCGGUGCAGUUCCUUGUUAGUGUCACUAGGUGGUGCUGAAGGAAACAAAGAGGAAGGAUUAGAGCUGCUCGUCUGUCCUCUGCUGCGCUGUGUGGGAAACCUCCUGUGCUGCUGCCCAGUGGAGGAGCUGAACACUGCGGUGGCGGAUCCCCAGCUUGUUAUUUGUCUGUGUGCGCUUCUUCAGACCUACCUGCAGACACAGCCGGCUUUGGCCAGAGAGAGCGCAUGGGUCCUCAACAACCUCACAGCUCACUCCAACACUUUCUGCUCCGCUCUGUUAACUUUUAACCUGGUCUCCGGAAUGAUCCAUCUUCUGCCUUUCUCUCAAGGCAUUAAUACACUGAUCCUCAGGGUCCUUGCAAACAUCGCUCACAAGAAGAAGGACUUCUGCGUGCAGCUGGCCCAGCUCGGCCUACUGUCUGCACUGUGUGCCACGCUGAAAAUGGCCGACCAAGAAAUGGUGACCCUGAGCCUGGACGUCCUCUUCAUGCUCGUAGUUAGCGCUCCACAGGUGGCCGAAGAGUUUGUGCAGCAGGGUGGAGUUUCACUGCUAGAAGCCAUUCAGUACAACAGUAAAGGAGAGAUGAGAGGAAGAGCAACCUACCUCCUAGAGCAUCACCUGCUGUCCCAGUGAGGGCACUUCACCCUAAAGACUUCUGAAGACUUCAGUUUUCUCUGUUGAAUUUGGACUCAUUUAAAAACAACAGACAAAUCCUAUGAAACAACACAUCAAGAUAACACUCACACAGCUUCACAGAACAUCCUGAAGCACUGACACUACUGGAUUUGUUUACAUUUUGUGAGCUUUUAAUUAUGUAUCUUACUGACAGCAUCUCUAAUUUUAUAUUUAAAGUCAUUUUUACAGAAUCAUGUAAACAUGGUAAUAUGUAUUUAAACUUCAACAUUGUUAUUAGCAAAGGGACUUUGAUGAGGGUGCUGAAAACUAAUGGUAGGUUUAUCAUGACCGAUUAUGAAAUAUGUGUAAAUUUAUUAUAAUAUAAUGCAGUUAAUUAAAAAUAUUUCAACAAGAGAAUAAUAUGUGUGUAUUUUAUAAUGCAGGUGUCUGGUGCUGAAAAUGAAUCUGUGGCCUUUUAGACGUUUAUGACUUCUUUUUGCUUCUUAGGUUUACAGAAUUUUGAAUUCCUAAAAUCCCUUCUCCAUAUUCUGAGGCGGUGCUGGA